AUGGCUCCUAGUACUCAGAAUCCCAAUGGUGGUUUCGCCCUGAUAUACCAAAACCCUUACCUGCUGGGCGUUGCAUCGUUCUCCACAUUGGGUGGACUGCUCUUUGGCUAUGAUCAGGGCGUGGUCUCUGGUGUGAUAACCAUGCAAUCGUUCGGCGCUCAGUUUCCUCGAGUGUACAUGGACAGCAGCUUCAAGGGGUGGUUUGUGUCGACUUUGUUGAUUUCUGCCUGGUUUGGAUCCCUCAUCAACGGCCCUAUCGUGGACCGACUAGGCCGCAAAUUAUCCAUCAAUCUUGCUGUCGUUGUAUUCGUCAUCGGGUCAGCCAUCCAAUGCGGUGCCGUGAACAUACCAAUGCUUUUUGCUGGUAUGCAUCCUUCCUCUGACAUUUCCAACGCCCUUCCCCAGACAAACAGCUCACACACCACAGGACGUGCAAUCGCAGGCGUAGCCGUGGGCCAACUAACCAUGGUAGUACCUCUGUAUAUCUCCGAGGUCUCCAUCCCCGAAAUACGCGGAGGUCUCGUCGUUCUCCAACAACUCUCCGUCACCAUCGGCAUCCUAAUAAGCUACUGGAUCGACUACGGCACCAACUACAUCGGCGGCACCCGCUGCGCCCCCAACAUCCCCUACACAGGCGGCACCGCCACCUCCCCCUCAUUCGACCCCUACACAGACAUUCCCCAGGACGGCAUCUGCACCGGCCAAUCCGAAGCAUCCUGGCGUCUCCCACUAGCCAUCCAGAUCAUCCCAGCCCUAACCCUCGGCAUAGGGAUGCUCUUCUUCCCCGACUCCCCCAGAUGGCUACUCAUGCAAGAACGGGACGACGAGGCUCUCCAGGCAUUGUCCAGACUACGUCGCCAAUCAACCAGUAACCCAGACCUGACGAACGAAUACCUCGAGAUCAAAGCAUCCAUUAUGCUGGAGAAUAGUUUCGCUAGAGAACAGUUCCCGGAUUUAUCGGGGUUCAGGUUGCAUGCUGCGCAGUAUAUUUCACUCGUAACAACAUGGGCACGAUUCAAGCGCCUAGCAAUCGGAUGCUGUAUUAUGUUCUUUCAGCAGUUUAUGGGGUGUAAUGCCAUAAUUUACUACGCCCCAACAAUCUUCGCUCAGCUGGGCCUCGAUGGAAAUACCAGCUCCCUUCUCGCUACCGGCGUAUACGGGAUCAUCAACUGCCUUAGCACCCUGCCCGCGCUUUUCCUAAUCGACAAAGUCGGUCGGAGAGUGUUGCUCAUGUCUGGUGCCACGGGGACCUGUAUCUCACUGGUGAUCGUGGGUGCGAUUAUCGGGGCCUAUGGGUCGGAUCUCAUCCAUCACCGAUCUGCCGGGUGGGCGGGGAUUGCGUUCAUCUAUAUCUACGAUAUUAACUUCUCGUACUCUUUUGCUCCUAUCGGAUGGGUCCUGCCAUCGGAAAUCUUCAAUCUAUCCAUACGCUCCAAAGCUAUUUCCAUCACAACUUCCGCUACUUGGAUGUGUAACUUUAUCAUCGGUCUCGUCACCCCUGAUAUGCUCGACUCAAUCACCUGGGGUACCUAUAUCUUUUUCGCAGCGUUCUGCCUUCUGGCAUUCGGGUUCACUUUCUUCUUCAUCCCAGAGACCCGUGGAAAGACUCUGGAAGAUAUGGAUCUCAUCUUUGGUGACACGGCUGCCCAUGAAGAGAAACAGCGUAUUGUCGGAAUUGAGGCUCAACUGCGCGGCAUCGAUAGUCACACGGUCGACCCGGAAUUCGUGAAGCCCUUCGCACAGGAGGAAGAAGACGUUGCGUGAGGGUCCAUAACUUUGAUAAUCUCUUGCAAUUUUCCGCCUUCAUAUCACAUAGCGGGUUCCGUUUGGUGUGACAGUUCAGGAAGCGGGCCCUUCGAGGAAUGAAGUUCCGGCUGUGACAUCCUCUUUUGUUCUGUAGGCUCCGCUACAUUCAUGUAUGACCCUUGACCGACUCUAGCCUCGAAAUCAUCUCCUCUCGGCAUUGACAGAUGCUCAGACAAACUCGUUUUGUGGAGGGAAGUUUACCCAUUCCGAGAAGUCCAUGCCAGCAAGAUUCAGCUCCUGGUCCACGUCCGGAAACAUGCUA